UUUUCUAUUGCUCCCUCCAUACCUACACCUCCCUUGUCUCCCCCAAAGUUUUCUCUCCUCGUCUCUGUUUCUCUCUCUGUAUCUCUGGGGUUUCUGUCCCCCCUCCUUCUCACCGUCAAGCUGGAUUUCCUGCAGGUGAAGCAUCUGAAGAGGAAGAGGAAGAGCAACUACAGUGUGAGAGAAACACAGACUCUCAUCAGGGAGAUCCACAAGAGGACGGAUGUGUUGUUUUCCAGACAGCAGAACACAGCCAUUAAUGAGCUGAAGAGACAGGCAUGGGAGGAGGUGGCACGGAGUGUUAAUGCACUGGGGGAGGGAGAGCUUCGCACUGCUGCCGAGGUGAAGCGUCGUUACCUGGACUGGCGUGCACUCAUUAAGAGAAAACAGCUCCGGGCUGAGCUCUCCCUCUCCUCCGCCUCAUCCUCGUCUGUGCCCCUGAAGACUGAGUAUGAUCAGUCCUCCCCUGAGCAUGAGGCAGCUUCUCUGGGAUCGGGAUGUGACCAGCUGCUUGACCUCUCGGGGCUCUCGAAGGAUUGCCACUGCGACUGGCCGGAGCUGACGGGUCUUGGUGAGCCGAGUGGGCAAGUCAUGAUGGCUCCGCUGGGUGUGAAGAUGGAGGACGAUGUCAGUGAAUACAGACUGGAUGGUGAUGGUGAUAUAGGAGACGGAGAAAUAGAUGAAGAUGAUAUCCCCUCCCUCCUCAGUGACAUUGAGUCACGCGGUGAGGGGCACGUUGGUGAUGUUUACUCCCACAACGACUUGGACAUGCUCAGCUCCUCCAAGGCCCCAACCUCUACCACCAACAGAGACCUGCCCCUCGCUGGUGGCAUGAUGGGGAUGCCUGCCCACGCUCUGGGUGCUCUGAACAAUCAUGACAACAUGGGGACGGGUUUUCUGGUUGUUGUUGAGAAACAGCGAUUGGAGCUGGAAAAACAGCGUCUGGCUGUGGAAACCGAACGCCUGGCAGUGGAGAAAGAGCGGCUGGUGGUGGAGAAGGAGCGACUUCGUCAGAUGGAGGUGGAGAGGGAGAGACUGCAGCUGGAGAGGGAGAGGUUACAGGUGGAGAGGGAGAGGCUGAGGCUUCUGCUCCUCAGUCAUUCAGAGCAUUCUGACUCCUCCUUAAACCUACCACCACAACAAGGCCCGCCCUCGUCCUCCACGCCUUCUUUAUCCUCCACCCAGGAUGGGCAGAGGGAGAGAGAGAAAGAAAGUCAAGGCUGGAUGCCAGUAGUGAAUCUGGAGACAGAGAGGCUAAAACUGGAGAAGGAGAGACUGCAGCUGGAGAAAGAGAGGCUGCAGUUCUUCAAAUUUGAGGCUGGCAGACUGCAGAUUGAGAGAGAACGCCUCCAAGUGGAGAAGGAGAGAAUGCAGCUGCACAAAGAUCAUUAGAGCCGCUGAGACGAGGGAGAGAGAGAGAUGAAUACAUUAGAUUUUCACCAGCUUCAGGGGUGCUAUUAAUACUGAAAACAACCCAGAAUGUGAGGAUUUCCAUCAGCAGCUGCUCCCUUAUCAAGCUCCCCACACACAUAUCCUUAAGGAAGACGUGAGGCCAUUAAAAUGAUCAUUCCUGACUGGAACUCGGCCAAGGAGAAGACUGAGAUGAAGGGCUGGCAUAUUUACGACCACCAUGAUAAAGCUGUGCCUUACGAUGUCUUCAUAAAAUGGGUGACAGGACGGGGAAGAUGCCAUGAUGAUAAAAUGCAGAAUUUGUUGGGCACAUGCAGCCGGUUAGCCCUGAACAUGAUUUAUAAAAUGUUCAGCACCUCAUCUAAAUACAGUAACAUACAAAAUGUGCUGUACAAAAAAAUUAAAUGCUGGGAUAUCAAUGCAACACAUGCGUACAAGUGUAGCAAUGUUUUUAUGAUGUAUAGACUGAAUCACAGUGACACUGGGCUAACAACAACAAUCACUUCCAGGUAGACAACCGGCCAUUGAUUUCAAUUGUGGAGAUAUGGACAAUUGGCAGACUUGUUUAUUUCUGUCAUCAUUUUCAGCCGUGACUGAAAAGUAUAUAGCUAAACUAAAAAAAUCAAUAUCAGUGUAAGUAAACAUGAUAUUUGGAUUAUUUGUUCUCCACUUCUCCAUAUCAGCCCGAUUUCGCAGUGUCUUACGUUGUUGGCUUGGAUCGUGAACAACAGUGAGUGUCGUGUGCGAUAAUCCAUCGUUUUAUCUCAUGUAGUGUGUCAAAGUAGACGACAACCGAUGCCACGUCUGGGACGCCUCACGACAUCCCGACAGAAAGUCUAGCGUGUUUGAGUUUCUUUUUGCCGUUCACGACUUCUCCUGUCACAGCUGUCACUUUGACCAAUAGAAACACAGAGCAAUCUGCUGCUAUGGACAACUGUAUGUCUACAACACCCCAGCUUUUUUUUUUUUAAAGAUAUUUUAUGGGCGUUUUAGCCUUUAAUUGAUAGGACAGCUUAAGCGUGAAGGGGGGAGAGAGAGAGGGAAGGACAUGCAGCAAAGGGCCACAGGCUGGAGUCGAACCCGAGCCGCUGCGGCAACAGCCUUUUGCAUGGGGCGCCUGCUCUACCACUAAGCCACCGACGCCCCAACACCCCAGCUUUAUUGAUAUUUCCUCUGGGGACGUUACCAGGUCAGAAUAAAAAAGGAAAAAUACUGGCAUGAAACAGCAGAGGCACUUUAGCAACCAGGUGAGUACUGCCAUUAGCAUCAAGCUAGCAAAAAAUUGUUAUUUCUUUAUAAUGGAGGAUAUAAAGUGAUAAAAUUAAAAAAUAGAGGCAGGAAUUUUACUUACCACAACUGCCAACACAUUCUCACUCCGACCUCGUCACAUAUUGAUUUCCACGUCCACAUACGGUGUGCAAGGUACCCUGGGUGCGUUGAUUGUUGAUGUUCUGGGACACCGUGUCAAGUUCUGCCUGUUACAUGCAUUGUCUUCUUUCAAAAUAUACUUCUGUUUUCAUAGGAGUCUCUCCCCAUUUACAUACAGUCUCUUUAAAAAAACAAAAACAAAAACGCACUAUGUCAGUACAACACCGCAAAUUGGCAGUUUUGUUUUUUUUUCCUUCAACAACAAACACACAUGGCUGGGUUUAGGCAACAAAAACACGUGGUUAGGUUUGGCUUCAUAAACUUAUAGGAUGCGAACACUGCUCUCUCAGGUGAAAGUCGGUGUUUGUUGUAUUUUUUACUUUUAAUCUGCUUUAAUAUGCAUCGUGCUGUCUUUCAAACUCAACACUUUCUGUAUCUGUUUAAAAUUAAAAGCCCCAUAUAAUUUUGGCUGAAAUAAUCCCUUGAUUUUCAAAACAGGCUUUUAUUGUGAAACAUUUGCAGGAACUUGUUGUGGAGGAUUCAGUGACUUGUAUAAUUUGCGUGCGGUUCUUCAAAUAUAGCUCCUGCCAUCUGGUGGUGCGUUUUAUGUUACUGUAGUAACAUUUUGGCGGGCAAAUGAACAGCCACGGUGACUGAAAUAAUAGCAAUAAUAAUAAAAAUAGGACAAGACUAACCUGAUGACAUCACACAUGUCGUAAAAGACGACCGGGGAUAAUUGGUGUGAACCAACGUGUGGUCUGUCAUGUCUGUCGGUCAAGUCACGGCACGAUUUUAUGACUCCACAAUCACCUGAUCAGACAUAGUGAUGGUCGGAACAGACAAAGAUGUCGUGUAGUGUGAACCCGGCAUAACUGAUCGAGACAGUGGUGGACCAGCAACUUCUGUGUUCUGCGAAGUAAAAUUACUGUUGUUGUCAAUAGAGUCUGCUGGCUUUAAAAUGAUGGCUUCAGUUCCCCAUCUGGGGCUGUCUGAAGUCAAGGUAAAGCCGGUGAAAAUAUUCUUAAUAUAGCAUACACUUAAACUGAUAUUGAUUUUUUAGGUGGCUAAAAACCAAUCAGUUGAGGCAGCAUUUGCUUAGUGCCGUUUGAUUUUAUGUACAUAACGCAAGGGUUUUCUACCUGGAAGUUAUUGCAAACAAACAUUGGGAUUCAAUCUAUAUGAAAAAUUGAAUCAUGAUGUCUUACUUUACAUUUAUACACCAAACCAGUGCCAAUUUAUUUACUGCAUGUGUCUGUAUAAUUCAUAAUCCAUCUUAAAAAAAUAUAUUGUUACUUGUACAGAGAGAUUUUUAUGCUAUUUAUGUUUUGCGGUCAAGUGCUUGUGUUAAAAUAUGGUUUACAUGGUAAUGCUUGUGACUUUGUGCAUUCCUCCACCAGUGUUAAACAGAUAUUUCACUUUCGCCUGUCAUAAUAUGAAAAGCACAGGCGUUAAUAAUAACAUUAAUGACCCCCUGUUCUCUUUACAUGUCCCAGUAAGACAGUGUGACAGCAACCCAGCAUGCUCAAUACCUUAAAGUGAAGCAGCUAAAUGGAAUCCAGUCAUUAAUUUGAUUAUUUACACCUGUGCUUUCCUGCUGUGACAUGUCAAAAUGUCUUCUGUGAAAUAAGGCCUAUUAAAAUGUGAUGUUUUUGCCAUUAAGAUUUGUGGCCUUGGAGCUGCAGCUGCUCAUCUGUGAUGAGCAGGUGCUGGGAGUUUGGCGUGCAUGUCGUAAAAUGAAACUGAGAUAUUCCUUUGAUGGCUGUUUUUCUCCUGUGAAAUGUUACUGGCUACUGAAAACUAUACUCUGCUACUGUGUACUGAAGGUUAUGUCUCCCACACACCACACACACAAUGUCUUUUAUGAUGUAAUGAGUCACCCCUUUUUUAAUGUUUGCCCUUUAACACCAGUUUGUCUCUUAAAACAACUUCAGGUGACAUCACUGGCCUACCAGCCCUAUUUUAUUAUUCUGUUAUGUUACAUCAUUUUAUUCUUUAUGUAUCUUUGUUAAUAAGUUUGUAAAUAAAGUUUGUUG